AUGACAAGUCCGAAGCUCAAGGUCGCAAUUGCUGGCCUGGGCCGCAUGGGUGCUCGACAUGCAGCUCAUUUUUACGGAUUGACUCCGAGAGCGGAGCUAAUCGCAGCUUCGACUCCAGAUCACAGGGAAAUCGCGUGGGCAAGGGCAACUCUUCCAGGAGUUCGAACAUACUCUAACUAUGACGAAAUGCUGUACCAGGAGACUCAAAACGGCCUCCAAGCUGUCAUUGUGGCCUCCGUAACUGCUGUUCAUGCGGAGCAGGCAAUUAAAGCAAUUGAGCUAGGCCUUCACGUUCUCUGCGAAAAGCCUUUGAGUACAAGCAUAGUGGUCUCAGAAUCAGUUGUGGCUGCAUACAGGAAAUCCCUCGAGACGCAUCCAGCACAAAAGGUCAUGUGUGGCUUCUCGAGACGCUUCGAUGCCUCAUACCGCGACGCUUUCGACAAGAUUCAAUCCGGGCUCAUCGGAAAGCCAACAGUUUUCAGUUCGCAGACUUGUGACAAGAUGGAUGCGACGGGCUCCUUUGUAGAAUAUGCCAAGUUCUCAGGAGGAAUUUUUGUCGACUGCUCGAUUCAUGAUAUUGAUCUUGCGCUCUGGUUCUUUGGUGAGGAGAGUAGAGUUAAAAGCGUUGUGGCGGUUGGUAUCACAGCGCUAUGGCCAGAGUUGAGGAAAUACAACGACAGGGACAACGCUUUUGGCAUUAUCGAGUUUUAUGGCGGGAAGAUCGCUCAACUAUUCUGCAGCCGCAUGAUGGCCACUGGCCAGGAAGACUGCACUGAAAUCACUGGUACAGAUGGUAAGAUUUCCGUCAACACCCAGCUUAUUUCGAACUUCGUCAACAUUCAUGAAGCGACUGGUAUUCGUAGAGAACUGGUAUCUGACUACUACGGUCGCUUCCGCGAAGCCUUCAUUGCGGAGGCCAACGAAUUCACGGCAAGUUGUCUGGACAACAAUGCGACGCCAUUGAAGCUGGAGGGCGCAGUUCAUGCCGUCAGAAUAGCACUCGCACUUCAGGAUAGUUUGAUUAGCGGGCGAAAGAUCGAAUUUGAUGAAUCUGGUCAUCGAAUAACUGGCGGAACUUGA